AUGGGCGAAGCAGCAGUACCGCCUGAGCUAGACACCGAUCCAGCAGCAAAGAUGGCUCAGACGAACCCUCUGCCUGUUCCCAUGGGCCCGUGGAAGAUCACCGUGUACGACCAAGAAAACUUCCAGGGCAAGAGGAUGGAGUUCACUUCGGCCUGUCCAAACAUCAUGGAAUGUGGCUUCGACAACAUCCGCUCCCUGAAGGUGGAAUGUGGCGCCUGGGUGGGUUACGAGCACACCGGCUUCUGCGGGCAGCAGUUCAUCCUGGAGAGGGGAGAGUACCCGCGCUGGGACGCCUGGAGCGGCAGCAACGCCUACCACAUCGAGCGCCUGAUGUCCUUCCGCCCCGUCUGCUCCGCUAAUCACAAGGAAUCCAAGAUCACCAUUUUUGAGAAAGACAACUUCAUCGGCCGCCAGUGGGAGAUUGCUGAUGACUACCCCUCGCUGCAGGCCAUGGGCUGGGCCAACAACGAAGUGGGCUCCAUGAAGAUCCAGUGCGGCGCCUGGGUGUGCUACCAGUAUCCCGGGUACCGUGGCUACCAGUACGUCCUGGAGUUUGACCACCACGGUGGAGACUACAAGCACUGGAGAGAGUGGGGUUCGCACGCCCAGACCUCCCAGAUCCAAUCCAUCAGGCGUGUCCAGCAGUAG